AUCAGAAGGAGCACUUCCGGUGGGCCAAAAUGGACGCGGCCGUUCAAGACUCACGUGUGAGCGCGGGGAAAAGGCUGAAGCGUUCCCUGAAGAGGAAGAAAAAGAUGAAGCUGGUAGCCAAGGCUGAAGUGUCGAAUCUGGAAGACGAGCUCAAGCGCUCUUCCGACGGAGAAGAAGGAAGCUGUGAAUCAGAAGUGGACCAGUUGUUGGAGGAUGGUGCAGUAGAAGCCGACAGUGAGGACAAUGUUGACUCCUGUGAGGAAGAAAAGGAAGAUGCCGCAGAGCCAAGUGCUGGGACUAAUUCUGGCUGGGCGGAUGCCAUGGCUAAAAUCCUUAACAAAAAGACUUCUAGCAAUAAAUCCACCAUCCUCCCCAAAAACAAGGAGCUGGAGAAGGAGAAGGAGAAGCUAAAGCAGGAGAGGCUGGAGAAAAGGAAGCAGCUUGAUAAGAAGCGGGAAUGGGAAAUGAUGUGCAGAGUGAAACCAGAUGUUGUCAGAGACAAAGAGGCAGAGAGGAACCUUCAGAGGAUUGCGACAAGGGGUGUGGUACAGUUAUUCAAUGCUGUUCAGAAACACCAAAGGAAUGUUGGUGAAAAGGUUAAGGAAGCAGGAGGCUCCAUCAGGAAGCAAGCUAAGUUGAUGUCAUCUGUUUCCAAGAAGGAUUUCAUCAGUGUCCUUCGAGGAAUGGGUGGUACAAAUGAGAACAGUUCUGCUGGGAAGAACCCCAAAGCCAAACAGACUGAAGUGAAGUCAGAAGAGGGCCCCGGGUGGAAGAUUCUGCAAGACGACUUCAUGAUGGGAGCUAGUAUGAAGGACUGGGACAAGGAGAGCGAUGAGCCUGGGGGCAGCAAGGCGGGGUCCGCCAGUGACUGAGCAGAUGGGAGCUGAGGGGACAUCUGGUAAAUACCCCGACAUCCUGAGAACACCUGCUUCAGUGAGCCUCCUUCCUGUGUAAACUGUAGUAAAAUUGACUUUUUAAUCCUUUUGUAACUUUAAGCAUUUUCCCAAAAUAUUUGUACAAAGAACUACUUUCCUUCCUUGAGCAGUAAAUGUGAUUUCUCUGGGAUCCUUACAUGUGAGUACAUACCGCUCAUGCAGCCAUGUUUCUAGAGUACUGUCCAUGAUUAAAGUGAAUUUAAUACAA